AUGGAUACUAUAAGAAAAUCAAUAGGAAUUGGAGAUGUUGCUUGGAGUUCUUGCAAUAGUCGAGAAGAAAAAUCUUCAAAGAUUUUGCAUGCGUUGGAGCGGAAAAAAUUUGUUUUAUUGCUGGAUGAUGUGUGGGAGAGAUUGGACUUGAAUUUGGUGGGGGUACCUCAUCCAACAGAUUCAAACUCUGAGUCCAAAGUGUUACUCACAACACGAUUGAAGGAUGUGUGCGCAAAAAUGCAAGCUCCAGAACCACUCAAAGUGGACUUUUUGAAUGAAAAAGAAGCAUUAGAGUUAUUUCAUAUCAAAGUUACAGAAGAAACUUUAAACUACGACCCUAGGAUCAGAGACCUAGCAAAAGAAAUGGCAGCAGAGUGUAAAGGGCUGCCUCUUGCGUUAAUUGUGGUAGGAAUUGCCAUGGCUGGUGUGGAAGAUGUUAACGUAUGGGAGUGCUCAAAAAAUAAGUUGACAAAAGACUAUGAGAUUCGGGUCACUGAUAUCAUUGAUAAAUGGAUAGGGGAGGGGUUUAUCUGUAGAGAUAUGACAAAAAGCAUACAAGACAUUCGUAAUGAUGGUCAAUUUGUGAUUGCAAAGUUGAAGCUUUGCUGCUUGUUGGAGAGUGUUGAAGAUAAUGUUGAUUUAGGUCGUUCGUUUAAGAUGCAUGAUAUGAUUCGAGAGAUGGCAUUGUGGUUAUCUUGUGACCAAGAUAAAAGAAUUAAAAGGGUUCUUGUACAAGGAGAUGCGAUAACAACAUCUCAUGAUGAUGUUGAAAAAUGGAAAAUUGUUGAGAGGAUUUCAAUCAUGAAUAGGGGAGUACAGCAUGUAGCACCUGUAACUUAUCCUAAUUUAGUAACAUUAUUGUUGAGGCAUUGUGGUAAACAAUAUUUGCAAAACCUGAAAUGCAUGACCAAAUUAAAGGUGUUAGAACUAUGUUGUCCUGAUAUAUGUGAACUUGAAGAAAUUAGUGAGUUAGUUCUGUUAGAAUAUCUUUUUUUAACGAUAAAUGGAUUUGACUAUCCCAAGGAGUUGAAGGAGUUGAAGAAUUUGAAGAAUUUGAAGGUAUUCAAUUUGUCCUUGAGAGAUGGUAAUAUUGUAAAUAUUCCAUCGGGAGUGAUAUCAAGUCUUCGACAAUUAAGAGUGUUGAGAGUUUAUUACGACGGGGAACUUGAAAAAAUGGUGAAGCAGAGGAAAAAUUCAUAG